UGCCACUUCGACAUGGCCGUGUUCCUGGCCACGGGCAACACCAGCGGUGGCGUGUGCGACGACUGCCAGCACAACACCAUGGGGCGGCGCUGCGAGCUCUGCAAGCCCUUCUACUACAAGGACCCCGGGCGCGACCUGCGGGACCCCAGCGCCUGCCUGCCCUGCGACUGCGACCCGGUGGGCUCGCUGGACGGGGGCGUGUGCGACGGCCACACAGACGUGGCGCUGGGCCUGAUCGCGGGGCAGUGCCGCUGCAAGGAGCACGUCCGGGGCGCCCGCUGCGACCGCUGCAAGGAGGCCUUCUACGGUCUGAGCCUCAACGACCCCCAGGGCUGCCAGCGUGAGUCCGAGGUGGGGUGAGGGGCUCGAUGCUCACCUGUGCCAGGUGCUGCAGGGCCAGGACAGUGCUGCAGGACCCACAGAUGGCAUCACUGGGGGUCUGGGCCAUGCAUUUGCCAUGUGGCAGCUGCGCCCCCAUCCCAGCCCUGCACCUGCCAGCG